AAGCCUAUUGGCACAUUUGGGACCUUUGAAAAUGUAAGGCUUACGACUAUAUAUUAAAAUAAAGUUGUUUGAACAAUGAUUCGCUUCACAACAGGAAUUUAUGACUAACCCAAAGAGGAAACUCUUAUCUCUUUAGGCAUUUCCAACAAUAACUGUAAAAUGUGUUUUAACGUUAAAAAUAACAUAUCAAAUACUUUGCAAUAGCGCUGAAAAGCAUCAAUGGUCCUUUGCACAACAUUAAUAGUCAGUACAUUUACAAAUUAGUCACUAUUAUUUAAAUGCAUUUCUGAAGUGUAUGUGGCUCAGGUGAUGGACAGAUGUGCUUUUUGUGGCUGUUCCUGGUGCUGAUGUAGCAGGGAGGGGCGUGACGUCACGACAGGGACCGGGCGGAGGAGGAGGCGAAGGUGGAGAGGAGAAGAGGGGGAAGGAGAAGGGAAGGAGGAGAGAGCGGGGGGAUGACUGCACGAAAAGGAAAAAACAAAAAAACAACAAUCAUGACUCCUCUAAUUCAUCCUAGAUUUUUCUUUUAUAAAUCAUAAUGCUUUGUCUACUACACAGUAUGCUGCAAUAAAUGACGAGGCUCCCCGUUAAGUGUAAGCUGGCUUGAGAGAGAUGUCCUCUCCAGGCAUGGGCACCCCCAGUGACCCCCUCCUCACCAGUCCAGGAGGGAGGUUAUCUGCAGCUCAGGAAGGCCUCUGGAGGAGCUCACUCCCCAAAACGGCCAGCUUUCCAACAUCCACCACUCGGCUCCUCAGUCACAGAGCCAACAACUUUCAAAGACAUCCAAAGCGUCGGAAGCUGAUAAGACCUUCACCGCCUCCACCGCCCAACACACCCUGUCCCCUAGACCAGCUGGACCUCAGUGAGCUUCCCCCAAGACGUACCUUCCAAGAUCUGCUCUUCAAUGGCUGCGUCCUGUUUGGUAUUGAAUUUAGUUAUGCCAUGGAGACGGCUUAUGUGACUCCUGUGCUGCUACAGAUGGGCUUGCCCGAUCAAUUCUACAGCUUGGUGUGGUUUAUCAGCCCCAUACUGGGAUUCCUUGUUCAGCCUCUCCUCGGAGCCUGGAGUGAUCGAUGUAAAUCCCGGUUUGGACGGAGGAGACCCUUUAUUUUUGCCUUGGCUAUAGGUGCUCUGCUAGGUCUAACCCUGGUACUCAACGGGCGGGACAUUGGAGGUGCGCUGGCUGACACUGCAUCAAAUCACAAGUGGGGAAUCAUCCUGACGGUGUGCGGUGUGGUUCUGAUGGACUUCAGCGCUGACUCAGCCGACAACCCGAGCCAUGCCUACAUGAUGGACGUGUGCAGCCCAGAGGACCAGGAUCGAGGGCUGAACAUUCAUGCACUACUUGCAGGACUCGGAGGUGGAUUUGGCUACAUCGUGGGCGGCAUCAACUGGGACAAGACACAAUUUGGAAGGUCGAUGGGAGGUCAACUACGAGUCAUAUACAUGUUCACAAGUAUCACAUUGGUGUGUGCCACAGCUAUGACUCUGUUUAGUAUCCCUGAACGCCCGCUACCAAAGAACAAAAACUCCAGCAAAGCUCAUCUAAAAAGCCCCAGCCUCCCUCUUCCUCCCUCUCCCCCUGUCCCUCCAGGAUCAACUUUGGGACUGGAUGAGGAAGACGAAGAUGGUCUUUACAGCUACCAUUACUCAAAGCCUCACCCAUAUAACUCGGACCCCCUUGCACAUUCUUGCAGUGCCAAUGCACGCCUCUGUGCUGGGCUCACAAGCCCCAUAUCGCCCAUGAGCCCCCUCACUCCAAAAUAUGGCAGCUUUAUCAGCAGGGACAGCUCGCUCACAGGUAUAAAUGACUUUGCCUCUUCAUUAGGAAACUCCUAUAUAGACAGUGUGCUCAUAGACUGCUACACAGGCCAGCAGACUCCACAGGCCCUGGCCCCCAACUCCACCUCGGUGGCCCUGCCUCCAGGGGACCCCCCUCACCCUGAAGACUUCAAACAGGGAGCAGGAAGCCUUCCUACAGGACAGACCCAGGCUGAUGUGGCGUCUCAUCAGGAUGUGGAAGCGCCACAGCCUGAGGGAGAUGCACAAACUCAGGUCACAGCUGGGACUCAUCCUGGUGCUGGGUCACAUCGGCGCUCUUCUGCUGGUAUCCUGAAGCGACCCCAGAGUCUUGCACUAAUUGAGGAGCCCAUGUCAACACAGAUUGUUGGGAUGGAGAACGGACGCAGGAGAACGGUGACCUUCAGUCAGCAGGUUGCAAACAUUUUGCUGAAUGGGAUGCACUAUGAGAGUGAUCUGACUGAGAAUGCGGAGACAGGAGAAUCACAGAUGUCAAUUAAGCUGCUGUGUAUAGCCAUCUACAGGAUGCCUCCCUCUAUGCGGAGUUUAUGCACUAAUCAUUUCCUGGGCUGGCUGUCUUUUGAAGGCAUGCUGCUCUUCUACACUGACUUCAUGGGUGAGGUUGUGUUUGAAGGAGACCCUAAGGCACCCCACGACUCUGAGGCUUACCAACGGUACAAUGCCGGAGUGAACAUGGGCUGCUGGGGCAUGUGCAUCUAUGCAUUCAGUGCUGCUUUCUACUCAGCCAUAUUGGAGAAACUGGAGGAGCGUUUCUCUGUUCGCACUCUUUAUUUUUUUGCCUACCUGGCGUUUGGUUUGGGCACGGGCCUGGCCACACUGUCCAACAACCUCUACGUGGUACUUUCUCUCUGCGUCACCUAUGGGGUGCUCUUCUCUUCUCUAUGCACGCUGCCUUACUCUCUGUUGUGUGAAUACUACCAGGACCCUCAGUUCUGUGGCUCAUCAGAGGAGGGGACCAAACGCGGGAUGGGGGUGGACAUCUCUCUGCUCAGCUGCCAGUACUUCCUGGCUCAGAUCCUGGUCUCAGUGGCCAUGGGACCUCUGACCUCACUGGAAGAGGAGAAGUUGAAACUGGGGUGUGAAUCAGCAUUCAGUCGGAAACCGAACAAAACAGAAGAUCAGCAAACAGGGAGAAGACUCAUAUGGGUAACCCUGAAGGUGGACAACAUAAAAAAGGAAAAGACAAUGGGGGUUCAUAGAGCCAGCAUCAAGUGCUUAUUGUCAUCAUUAGGGCGCAUGCUUAAGGUAGUAGGCUUCUGCUCCACCAUGGCGGCCCACCAACUCAGUAUUACCUACUUGUUAGCCCCUUCCUUAACAGGACAUCUCCAACUUUAUUCCUUUGUCCAUCCUUAAGAAGCCAUCUGCAUAAACAAAAUGGUACAUAGUAGUUGUGUGUUUUAAAUGUCUGUGCCAUGAGAAACAGCAGUAUGCUUUUGUCUGUUCUGCCUCAACACAGGCACCACGACUGACUUCAGGACUUUAACAAAAGGUUAAUUUUACUAUAAAACCUUUUAAAGCCUACCAUACUGAUGGUGUCAUUGACAUCAGUUCCAUUUACAGUUUAAGACUGGUGCAAGUCUUAAUUGCUGCCUCAGCAAAAUGUCGAUUGUCUAUUUUUUGGUCUCCUGGACUGACUGGAUUCCCGCCAUGCUAACAUUUCUGAGGAAACAGUAAAUGUAUGGAUCAUGCUGUUGCAGCUUGCUUGAGAAACACUGAGUUUGUGUUAUAUGGAACCACCUAUUGCUCAAUAUUAGCAGUGUUACUGUAAAAGCUACUUUUAUUCAGGUUUCAGUUCAAACUAAAAAUCAUAAUUUUUGGCA